AUGGCGCUGAUCGGCAGCGACGACACGGCGGCGGUACUCGAGGAACUGCGCCGCUGGGAGGACAAGGACGACCCCGAACAUUUCCACCAGUACGAGGUCGACGCCGAGGGCCGCCUGAAGAGGCUCUUCUGGGCCGACGCCGACUCGCGCAUCAGCAGCGUCCGCUGCAGCGACGGCGUCGUCGUCAUCGACACCGUGUUCCGGACGAACAGGUACGGCGCGGCCUUCGUCCCCUUCCUCGGCAUGAACCAUCACCGCCGCCCCGUGCUCCUCGGCUGCGGCGUCCUCGCGGACCAGUCCCCCGGCUCCCACUUCUGGCUACUGCGAGCCUUCAUGAUGUCCACCUGCCAGGAGAAGCCCAAAUCGGUGAUCACCGACGGCGGCGACGCGGUGGUUCAAGCAGUCCAGACCGUCGCUGAUGUUGGACGACAGUUGCUCGCCUGUGGAGUUCGAGGAGCGAUGACACAGUUUCGUGGCCAGCCACAAGACGGUGAGCAAUCAGGAGUGGCUCUUCAGGAUGUACGUGAAGAGGGAGCUCUGGGCCGCCGCCUUCGUCGGUUCGUCCGCGACAAGUUCUUCCUCGGCCUGGCGAGAGACCAGAGCACGGAGUGCCUCUGCCUAUCUUCGGGCCUGCGCAGUUCCUUCUCCGAGGACAUGACGCUGCUCGCCCUGCUCCGGCGCGCGGACUUCAGGUGCAAUUACAUGCGCGCGCAGCAGACCGAGCUGGACGAGGAGGCCGACAAGUCCCGCGUUGAGCUGACCACCGAGCACGAGUACCUUGAGGAAGACGCUACGCGGUCCUUCACGCCGGCCAACUUCGCCAUCGUGCUGGAGGAGAUCAAGGCGCUGGACGACUUCAAGAUCGUCGACACCCUGAGCAGCAGCUCCGGCGACAAGGUCUACACGUUGGAUCUCCAUGGCGAGCUCUUCAACGUGCUGCAGUCCGACGACCGCGCCGACCGCUGCGACGGUGUCGUCUUCAAGUGCAGCUGCCGGAAGAUGGAGCGCGACGGCCUGCCGUGCCGGCACAUCCUCCACGUGCUGCGGCAUGAGAGGGCAUCCACCAUACCGAAAUGCGAGAUGGAGGCGCUGGGGCGGCAGGUGUUCGACCUGGCGUUGCGGGACGCCAAUGAGUUUGAGGAGAUCAAGGGGUUCCUGCAAGACUGGCUACAGGAGAGGCGAGGCCACUGCCCCGCUUGGGCCUUGCGUCUUUAUGAGUAG